AUGAAGGAAGCUAAAAAUGAAGAUGGAGCUUAUGAUUGGUAUAAUGAAUAUGCUUUUAGUAAAAGUUUUGGUAUUAGGGUCGGGAAAGCUGUCAAGGGGUUAAAGAUGAAAAAAGGGAAGAGAACAAGGUCUUAUGCUAGAUUGGAUACGCGUACUGGGUGUACUGCUUUUGUUCAGUUUUCGAUUGAUAAAGAUGCUAAUGGUGUUAAAGUGUCUGAUACCUUGAGGGUUUUGAAGAAAGAAGUAGGUGGAUCACCUAUGGUCGGUUUUACAGCUAGCGAUGAUUAUAAUGCUUUAUCACGUGCAAAAGCUAAUAAAGUUGAAGGUCAUGACUGUCAUCAUUCAAUCAAGUAUUGUGCUCAGAGAAAUUCCAGUGAAGAAGGUUUUUAUUAUGACUUUGAGCUUGGUGAAGAAGAGGGACUUUUAAGUUUCUUUUGGCGUGAUGGUAGGAUGAAGAGAGAUUAUAAUUAUUUUGGGUAUUUAUUGGUUUUUGAUACUACUUAUAGGACCAAUAAAUAUGAUAUGAUUUGUGCUCCUUUUGUUGAUAUGAAACAUCAUUCCAAUAAUGUUGUGUUUGGAAUGAGUUUUGUUAUCAAUGAAAAAAUGGAAUCUUUUAAUUGGCUAUUUCAAACUUUCUUUACAUCAAUUGGUGGAAAUCACCCAAUAACCAUUAUGAUAGACCAAGCUCCAUCCAUUGUGUUAGGUUUCCAGUGA